UAAUAUGAAUAUUCAUAAUGAAAUCCAUUCCUGUAAAAUCAUGCCAAUUAUGGGGAUGAGAAAGUCGCCUUAUUAUUAAUAUGAAUAUUCAUAACCAAACGACUCUAUAAUCCUUGGUCCUUAGUCUUUACUCUUUCUCCUUCACGCAUUCAUCAUCUUCAUCUUCUUCUUCGUCGUCGUCUUAUUCUUCUUCAUAUUUCCUUAAUUCCGCGUAAAUCUUGUGUGAGUAGUGAAUAGUGUUGUUGGUUAAAGAAGGUCCAUCAAUGUCGAUUCCAGCUGCGGCUGUGAUCGUACCUUUGGGCCUUUUCUUCUUCAUCUCUGGCCUCUUCGUUAAUUUCUUUCAGGCAAUUUGUUUUGUUCUUGUGCGGCCAUUUUCGAAGAAUACUUACAGAAGAAUCAAUCGAAUUAUAGCGGAAUUAUUGUGGAUAGAGCUUGUUUGGCUGGUUGAUUGGUGGGCUAGGGUUCAGAUCAAAGUUUUCGCAGAUACUGAGACAUUCCGGCAGUUGGGCAUAGAGCAUGCAUUAGUGGUAUCAAACCAUAAGAGUGACAUUGAUUGGCUGGUCGGAUGGGUGUUGGCUCAGCGGGCAGGUUGCCUUGGUAGCGCAUUAGCUGUUAUGAAGAAAUCAUCAAAGUUACUUCCUGUGAUUGGUUGGUCGAUGUGGUUCUCCGAGUAUCUUUUCCUUGAGAGAAAUUGGGCCAAAGAUGAAAGUACAUUGAAGUUAGGUUUUCAAAGGCUAAAGGACUACCCUCUGCCUUUCUGGUUGGCUCUGUUUGUCGAGGGCACUCGAUUUACACAAGCCAAGCUUGUAGCUGCUCAAGAAUAUGCUAUUUCUCAAGGCCUCCCAGUUCCUAGAAAUGUCUUGAUCCCACGCACAAAGGGAUUUGUAGCAGCAGUUAGUCAUAUGCGUUCAUUUGUCCCUGCAAUUUAUGAAGUCACGGUAGGCAUUCCAAAAAGUUCACCACAACCUACAAUGAUGAGGCUGGUCAAAGGACAGUCUUCUGUGGUUCAUGUGCAUAUCAAACGACACAAUAUGAAAGAUCUUCCUGAAUCAGAUGAUGCCGUUGCACAAUGGUGUAGAGAUGUUUUUAUCGCCAAGGAUGCAUUGUUGGACAAGCAUAAAGCCGAUGAUACUUUUGGGGAUCAAUUAUAUCAAGAUAUUGGUCGACCAUCGAAAUCUCUUGUGGUUAUUACAGCUUGGGCAGUAACGAUUGUGUUCGGAGUGUUCAAGUUUCUUCACUGGUCAGCUCUGUUAUCGUCAUGGAAAGGAAUCGCCAUUUCAGUUGUGAUAUUGGGAGUAAUAACAGCUCUAAUGCAAGUAUUGAUACAAUUCAGUCAGUCAGAACGCUCAAACCCGGCUAAAGUAGCCCCGGCAAAGUCCAGAAACACAGGAGAAUCAUCGUUGCCUGACGUGAAGCAAGAUAAACAGCACUGAAACGAUAGCAUAUUCUUCACACGAUCUCACUCACAGUUUGGUUUUUCCAUAUACAAAUGAGGUAUGUUACUUAAUGUAUCACCUAUUAUUACUCUUCUUCAGAUCUGUUCAUGGCUUCAUUUUCUCAUUAGUUCAUAUAUUACGUUCAGUCUGCUCAAGAUAUGUAUUCUAUAACUUUAUAUUACCAUGACUGUUAGUUAUGUAAUAGCUACAUAGUAUUGGUAUU